CGCCCGGGGAGCGGCGGCAGAGGCGCGGCCGUCUGCAACAGCCCCGGAUGAGUCUGCUGGGCAAGCCGCUCAACUACCGCGCCAGCCGCCGCGACGCCCGCUACCGACGCCUGCAGAGCAAGGUCUACAACUUCCUGGAGCGGCCGCGCGGACUGCAGGCUAUCAUCUACCACAUGCUCGUUUUCUGCAUGGUCUUCACGUGCCUCGCCUUGAGCGUUUUCUCUACGAUACAAGAGUACGAAGAAGACGCCAGAGCCAUCCUUUUCUACAUGGAGUUCGUAGUCGUAAUUUGGUUUAGUAUAGAAUUUUGCCUGAGGCUGUGGUCCUCCGGUUGUAGAUCUAGGUACCAAGGCGCUAUUGGACGAUUAAAAUUCCUGAGGAGGCCUUUUUGCAUAAUAGACGUGACGACCAUCUUCGCAACGAUGGCCGUGCUGUGCGCGAGCGGGCCGGCGUUCGCGGCGUCGGCGCUGCGCGGCCUGCGCUUCUUCCAGAUACUCCGCAUGGUGCGCAUGGACCGCCGCGGCGGCACCUGGAAGCUCCUCGGUUCCGUCGUCUACGCUCAUCGGCAGGAGCUGAUAACGACACUCUACAUCGGUUUCCUGGGUCUAAUAUUCGCUUCGUUCCUCGUGUACCUCGCCGAGAAGGACGCCAAUCCCACGAGCUUCUCCAACUUCGCAGACGCCCUCUGGUGGGGUGUGAUCACGCUGUGCACCGUGGGAUACGGCGAUGCUGUGCCCAUCACGUGGCAGGGCAAGGUCAUCGCCUCCUUCUGCGCCCUCCUCGGCAUAUCCUUCUUCGCACUGCCUGCCGGCAUCCUGGGCUCGGGCUUCGCGCUCAAGGUGCAGCAGCAGCAGCGGCAGAAGCACAUGAUCCGCCGGCGGCAGCCCGCAGCCACCCUCAUCCAGAGCCUGUGGCGCUGCUACGCCGCCGACGAGCACUCCAUGUCGGUGGCCACGUGGAAGAUCCACCAGGUGCCGCUGCCCAGCCCGCCCUCUCGCGUCUCUUCCAGCUUCAAGCACAACGCGUCGUUCGUGUCGCGGCUGCCCACCAUCCGCCGCCACAAGAGCUCCUCGCUGCACUCCCCGUCGCUGGCCAAGACCGGUGGCGGCGGGGGCGGCAGCGGUGCGGGUGCGGCGGCGGGGGCGGCCGCAGGUGGCGCCGGCGCCGCUGCCAGCGGCACCCGCGGCUUUGCCGAGCUCAACGCGUCCUCGGAGAACCUCGACGAGGAGGAGGAGCAGCCGCGCUGCGUGCAGCUCACCAACCAGCACAAGGGCGCCAUACGCGCCAUCCGCAAGCUCAAGUAUUUCGUGGCUCGAAGAAAGUUUAGAGAAGCCCUGAAACCGUACGACGUUAAGGACGUCAUUGAGCAAUACUCGUCCGGGCACGCAGACCUCUUGAACAGGGUGAAAAAUCUGCACUUCAGGUUGGACCAAAUUCUCGGGAAGCAAGGUUCCAAGGCGAAAGAUGUAUAUGCAUCAAAAAUCAGUCUAGCAUCGAGAGUCGUUAAAGUUGAAAGACAGGUGGACGACAUCGAGAUGAAACUGGACCAGCUGAUCGAGAUGUACCUGGAGGACCGCAAGCGGCUCCUGGCGCUGCCGCUGCCCACGGACUCGGGCCCGCCCCCGCCGCCCGCCCCCGCGCCACCGCCCGCUCCGCCGCCUACACCCGCGCUCCGCCCCAAACCCAUUCUCAUCGACAAGCAGGCGUCGGAGCCCAACACGCCCAUCGCCAAGAGCUUCACCGACGUCACGGCGGUGGUGCGGACCAUGCAGCGCGGCCACUCCGACCUCAGCCACCGCAUCCGGAAGCGCGUCACCCUCAGCUCCAUUCCCUCACAGUAUAUGUCAUCUGCCUUGACUGUUGAACCAUAUACGCAUGAGGGAGAAGUUGUCAUUGUGGUACCUCCUCUUAAUCCAAAUGAAGAAGAUCAUGAAAUAGAUUUUGGCAGCCCAAAGACCACAGAAAGCACAACUCAUGUAAUAUAUACCCCUGAGUCCAUAAAAGAAGAUCUCCAAUACUCAUGGGAUGGUGGUGAUGAUUCAGUUGUAACGGAGAACACUGCACUGUUGAGGAGAGCAGCUGCCACUGAGAUCAUCAUAACCCCUAUCAGUCCAACAGCGUCCUCUGCAGAUCUCAGUCAUAUGGACAGCCAGGAAGAAAAGUGUACAGGAGAAUCAUCAACUAUUGCAGAUAUUCAUAAAAUGGACUUGCUAAAGCCAGAAGUAAUUACACUUUCUGAUGAACCAUAAGAACACUUUAUAUGAGAUUCUGGUAUAAAGCUGAUCAAAGAGACUUUUAAUUAUUAUGAAGAGACAAAUGUCCGAAAGACAUUGUGGAAGAGACUGCCAUUAUGUUUCAUUUGCAGUGAGUUUUCAUGUGUAUGUGACAGUUUUAAAUGAAGUGAGUGUUUUAAAGACAAAAAGAAAUGAAAUUACAAAAAUCAUCUUAUUAAUGGAUUGAGAAAGUGACAUUUUCUUUUAUUUUACAAAACAACGAAUUGUUGAUAUGGAGAAAUUUAUUUUUGUUAUUCCUUUAUUCCUCAUCUUCUAUGACUGUCAUAAUCCAUGGCUGUUUCAGUGAAGUGAAAUAAACUUUUCAUGAACUAAGACAUGGUUCCUGAAAUGACAUUAUUGAAAUAAAUAUAAUAAAAGAAGAAUUGUGCUAUGUUGAAUGAACUGAAAUUGAGAGUUUAAUGUACUAGUACUUUGGUGCUAUCCUCUGAAAUCUGUCACAAAUGUUUUGUGUUUCAUUGUCUUUUGUUGGAAACUGGCAUGACACAUGCUUUGUAAAAAGAACUCUUCUGUUUGAUUUGAAAUUUGUGUUCAGAAAUUUCUGACUGAUAUAAUUUUGAACAAAGCUUUCUUCCUGAUCAUGUUAAUGAUGAAACAAUAAGAAACAGUCAGUUCAAACUGAGAAACACCAAGUAUUUGUGAUAAUUUCUAGUUGUACAGUUAACUAGUGUACUAUAAAAUAAUAAUUUAUUACAUUUGAUACAACUUAGAACUAGAAAUUACAUCUGAAAAUGUCUGGAUAAUUCAAAAUAUUUCACAUUUUUUUAGAACUUCUCAGCUGUACAACACCUUAGAACAGAGGCAAACUUCAGAAACUAACUUCAUGAACCCAAAUAAGUUUGUGAGAAAAUUUCAUUCAUACAUAUCAGCCUAGAAUUCCAAUUAUUUGAAAAGGUGAACCAUUACUUGAAAUUGUUUCCAAAAGUGCUUUAAUUACAAUAUUAACAUUCCAUUUUCUAAAAUUAUUAUUAUUGAUGUAUAUUCUGAUAUGGUGAUAAUCCAUGUGUAAAGAAUGUUGACAUUCACAAUGGGCUGCAUCAGUUUGUUUUCAUUAAUAAAAAAUUUAAGCUUUGAAAAUGUAGUGCAAAACAUUAAGCAAUGCUGUAAGAGGUAGCCUUUUAUAAUUUUAAACAAAACAAAGCUUAUUAAGUUCAUGACAAAAACUGGGAAUA